AAGCAAAAAUAAGGCAUUCAAAGCUAAAUUACUAGGGAAAAAAAAAGGAUUCACAACAGAACAAAUAUAUAGGAGAGAGCAAAACGAAUGAGAGAUGAAGAUUGAAGUAGUCCAAAAGAAAAGAGAGAGGCCCCCACAAUUCCAAGUGGGAAACUGGAACCAUGUGCGCUCAUAUGGUGGUUGGCAAUUUCAGCCCCACAAAACUCACUUUUCCCACCUCCAAAACCCCAAACUGAAAACGAAAGCAGAAACAUGAAAUUCAAUUAUAGUAUAUAAUAAUAGUAUAUAUCAAAGGUUGAUUCCCAAGUCUCCUUCCUCUUUACACCUCACAUUUCCAAUCCCUUCGUUCUCUUCUUUUUCCUUAUUCUCCUCACAUGCUUUUGUUCUUGAAAUCUCCCCUAGCCACAUCUCUGUCUUUCUUGUUGUCUGGUUGGUCUAUAUAGAUACUGUGUCAGAGAAUUAGUCAGAAACUAAAAUUCUGUUUUUGUCCUUGUGAUCACUUCUGAGCAACCGGCCUCUCUGCUCUGUGCCAGAAAACCAAAUUUCUCUUCAAUUCCCACACCCCCCCAACUGAUAUUUCAUUUGUCCCUUUGAUCCAUCCAUAAAAGCCAAAGCCCACGACAGUUAAUUAUAUCUCUUAUCAGUCUUCAUAUAUCCCCCCAAGAAAACAAAACAAAACCCUAGCUAGCUUACUACUUUCUCUUAACCAGUUAUCAAGUUUCAACUCAUAUGUCCCCCAUGAAUAACCCUCAAGACCUGAACCCUAGUUCUUUAAAAUCCAGGUUCACCACAAGGUUUCUUCGGGCUCUGACUAAAAUAAAUGGUCAGAAACCUAUCUCAUCAUCUUCUCCUAGAGAGAUGUUCCAACGUUAUCGAAGAAUUAAGGUUGCAGCUGACAAGUCCAUGGCUUGGUCGGUUAGGUCGAGGAGAACUUGGAGUAGGGCAAUGCUUUGGAAGCUUCGAAGCCGGUACUCCUGUCGUCAAGCCUCUUCAAGCAGGAGAUCAUCAGUCAGGACUAGUACUAUUAUUAAAUCUCGUCAAGCCAAAACAAGUCAUGAAAAAGAAAACAAGAACACUACAACUGGGCAAGAUGAGGUUGGGUUCGUUGUCCAAGCAGAUAAGCUAAGAAAGCUUGUUCCAGGUGGUGAAGCCAUGGAUUUAUGCAACUUGUUGGGUGAGACUGCGCAUUACAUAAAGUGCCUUACCACCCAGGUACAGGUUAUGAGAAAAAUUGCCCAUUUCUACUCUCUCUGAAUAAUUAUAUUUUCUUAUAAUUUCAUCAAUAUAUAAAAUAAAGAUAUUAUAAAUCCGACAGGAACAUAUUGUUAAAAAGGAAAAAUGGUUUAUACAGAGAUGGUAAGUAUUUUAUUUUCUGUAGAGGGCAGAUCUAUGGCCAGCUUAAAUAGUUUCUAAACAGAAAGUAAGUGCUAAGUGAAGAAACUUGCACAAUCUCUGUGAGAUAUAUAUUGGGAUAUUUUUAUCUUUUCUUUUUUCUUUUUUUUUUAUAAACUGUUUGUAUAGUAUAAUGUUGGUAAUUUCUAUUCCUAUAUGCCUCUAUUUUACAUAUAAUUUGGAGUCAUUUCCUGCAAUAAUUGAGUGCUUUUUUUCUAGACCUAACUUCUUUUGUUUUCUUGUUUUUGGGUUUCUAAAUUUUUGUUUGAUCAAUUAUCAUUUUCCACCUUAAUUUCCUUUCUCUCUUAGAAAUAUUGUUCAAUGAAGAGAAAAUGAACUGAUUUUUUUCUUAGUUUGGCAGGAGUAUACAUCAAGAUAGCUAUAUUAAGGUAAGACAAAUGUUCUUUAAUUGUAUCUUAUAUAAGUUAUAUCAACCACAUAAAAAAUUAACAAAGCCAAAACUAAAAAUUAAAAAUCAAAAAUAAAUUACACUCAAAAGUAGAAUGUUCUUUCUUUCUUUCAAUAAUGCCAAAAUAAACUAUAAAGGCAUCCAAUUAGUAGAGGUAUAUGGGUCCACGUAAUCGAUUAUUAUGCUCCUUUAUUUAUUUAGUAUCAUUUUUCAGGUUAGAAUAUGAAAAACAGGACCCUAUCUAUAUGUUUUUUUGGGGGUUUUUUUUUUCAAACUUUUUUGGUUUAGGGUUGUCAUCCAAUUUGCUUCAAAAGUACUUAAAUGGAAUGUUCCUUUAUUCUCACAUGCUUCUUACCAUUAUUAGAUUUGCGUUUCCUUUGUGAUUUUUUUUCUGUCAACCAAAAUAUAAAUAAAUAUCUUCAACCGCAAUAGAAAGAAUAGAUAACUAUAACUGAAUGAAAGCUGAAGAAAACAAAAUUUCCUUGAUUUUUGUCAACAAUGUUAAUCCUACAGUUCUAUACAAUAAACUCCUAGGGAAAAACUGACUAUCCUCGAUUAUUGCCUUUGGUUUGGAUACUUCUACAAUCUACUGUAUCUUUUUUUCGGAUAAUUCACAAGCUACAGUAUCAAUUGCAAUAAAAGCAUAUGAUUUUUUCCCAUAAUUUUUCCCCUUUUUCUUCCUUUGCUUUCUCAUUAAUUACUUUAUCCUACAUGAGAAUCCAAGAUUUUUUUUCACUGAUUUUUUUACCUUUGAAAUCCUCUCCUUUAUAGCCAGGUAUUUGGUCAUGAGUAUAUAUUUGGGUUGGUAUAGACCAUCAACAUUUGCCAUAUUAACUCUUCUAAAAUAUAAUAAACUUUUAUUAAUUAUAUAUAGGAUUGAAAGCGUGCCAUAAAACUGAUAUUUUAAACCCUAAUUCUUAUCAGCCCUAUUAUAUUCCUCUUUUUUUCGUUUUUUUAAUAGAGUAUACCUCCACAAAAGAAGCUUUCAUGCUCAAAUCCUCCGUUCCCCAACUUAAACAUUAAAAAAAAAAAAAAGUGUUCAAGUUCGUUUAUAUAUAUACUGUAUGGGAUUUACUAGCUUUCUAUGUAAAUUUUAGUGUAAGAAAAAAAAUUUACAGCUCCAUUUUAUCAGUGACUGGCUAGAAACAUAAAAACCUAGUAAUUAAGUAUCUAUUACUUCAAAAAAGAAACUUUAAUAUAUAGGUUGUUUUAUUUAAAAGGCCCCCUUUUUUUUUCAAAUGAGGGGUACUGGUAUUUUUUGGGGAAAUUAAAGGGAAAUAUGCACAAAAAUUUUAUAGUAAUAAUAUUCUAAUUAACAACAUAAUAUGUAAAAUUAGAGAUGUCAAUCUUAUUUAUACUCUAUGGGG